CCAGCGACCGAGCGGGGCCCGGCCCGAGCUGGGCCUGGGGGUGCGACGCCGAGGACGGGGAGCGCGCGCCGCUGCUCCGGACCGGGCCGCGCGCGCCGCCUCAGGAGCUGUCCCUGUCACUGGAGGUGACUGACAGGAAGAAAUUCUGCUGAUUACUGGAGCACCCAUCAGCCAGCACCUUGGCCACCUGGAAUCUACCUGGCAACUCAGAAGUGUGGUGCCCACACAGCUGCUGCAGCCAUGGGGUCUGAGGACCAUGGGGCCCAGAACCCCAGUUGUAAAAUCAUGACAUUUCGUCCAACAAUGGAGGAGUUCAAGGACUUCAACAGAUAUGUGGCCUACAUAGAAUCACAGGGAGCCCACCGGGCGGGCCUGGCCAAGAUCAUACCCCCGAAGGAGUGGAAGCCACGGCAGACAUACGACGACAUUGACGAUGUGGUCAUCCCAGCCCCUAUCCAGCAGGUGGUGACGGGGCAGUCAGGCCUCUUCACGCAGUAUAACAUCCAGAAGAAGGCCAUGACCGUGGGAGAGUACCGCCGGCUCGCCAACAGCGAGAAGUACUGUACCCCAAGACACCAGGACUUUGACGACCUGGAACGCAAAUACUGGAAGAACCUCACCUUUGUCUCCCCCAUCUAUGGGGCAGACAUCAGCGGCUCUCUAUAUGAUGACGAUGUGGCCCAGUGGAACAUUGGGAACCUCAGGACCAUCCUGGACAUGGUAGAACGUGAGUGUGGGACCAUUAUUGAGGGUGUCAACACCCCCUACUUGUACUUUGGCAUGUGGAAGACCACCUUUGCCUGGCACACUGAGGACAUGGACCUCUACAGCAUCAACUACCUGCACUUUGGGGAGCCCAAGUCCUGGUGCCUGAGCUUCUCUGGGCCUUUCCACUGCGAGGUCGGAGGAGUAGAGCAGAGGGACCACCCUGGCCUGGCUCAGAGGUGGGGCUGUGGCAGGUAUGCCAUCCCGCCGGAGCAUGGCAAGCGCCUGGAGCGGCUGGCUAUCGGCUUCUUUCCUGGGAGCUCACAGGGCUGCGAUGCCUUCCUGCGCCACAAGAUGACCCUCAUCUCACCCAUCAUCCUGAAGAAGUACGGGAUCCCCUUCAGCCGGAUCACGCAGGAGGCUGGAGAAUUUAUGAUCACCUUUCCCUACGGCUACCACGCUGGAUUCAAUCAUGGAUUCAACUGUGCAGAGUCAACCAACUUUGCUACACUGCGGUGGAUUGAUUACGGCAAAGUGGCCUCUCAGUGCACAUGCCGGAAGGAUAUGGUAAAGAUCUCCAUGGACGUCUUCGUCCGCAUCCUGCAGCCUGAGCGCUACGAACAGUGGAAGCAGGGCAAGGACCUCACAGUGCUGGACCACACCAGGCCCACAGCCCUGAGCAGCCCCGAGCUGAGCUCCUGGAGCGCCUCACGGGCCUCACUGAAGGCCAAGCUCCUCCGCAGACAAAUUAGUCUGAAAGAAAACAGACACUGGAGAAAGACUGAGGAGGAGAGGAAACCAAAUCUAGAGAGGAGGAGAGAGCAGACCAAAAAGCCGGGGCUGGCGUCUCACCGGAAGCGGAGCCAGCCCAAGAAGCCCAAGCCUGAGGACCCUAAGUCCCCGGGGGAGGGGGCCGCCCUCCUGGAGGAGACUGGGGGCUGCAUGAGAGGGGAGGCUGCGCCCGAAGCCGACCUAGAGGAGGAGGACGAAGAGCCACAGCAGGGCCAGGCCGCGGAGGCUGAGGGAGCAGAAGAGGACGGGAGGGGCAAGCUGCGGCCGGCCAAGACCAAGAGUGACCGGAAAAAGAAGAACUAUGGCCAUGUCUCACCCCAGCUGCUGCCACAGCUGCCACCAGCUCCAUUCCCCACCGAGGAGGUCCUGCGGCUGCCACCCCCGGGACCCCCAGUGCUGGCACCAGGCCCUGUGGCCACUGAAGAGGGUCCCCCGCCUGUGCCCCUCAAUGUGGUAGCACCUGAAGUGCCAGGAGAGGAGCAGGACAAACCACGGCCCAUCAUCCCCAUGCUGUACGUGGUGGCCCGGGCUGAUGCUGCACCAGAUGGGGGCCGUGGGCCCAGCCCGCAGGCUGCCCCGCUGGAGCCUAUGGGCUCCGAGGAGGAGACCAAGGCCCAUGCUGGCGAUGUGCAGGUGCCAUCUACCUUUUCCAAACUAAAGAUGGAGAUCAAGAAGAGCCGGCGCCACCCUCUGGGAAGGCCACCCACCCGGUCCCCACUCUCCGUGGUUAAGCAGGAGGCCUCAAGUGAUGAGGAAGCAUUCCCGUUCUCUGGAGAAGAGGAUGUGAGUGACCCUGAGGCACUGCGGUCUCUGCUGUCCCUGCAGUGGAAGAACAAGGCGGCUAGCUUCCAGGCUGAGAGGAAGUUCAAUGCGGCAGCCGCCCUCACUGAGCCCUACUGUGCCAUCUGCACUCUCUUCUACCCCUAUAGCCAGGCUGUUCCCUCUCAGUCCGUACAGACGGAGAAGGAACCGGCCCCAGCCCCCCUUGGGGAGGGCUCCUCCACCUCGCUGCCUUCCAAAAGCGGCCAGAGGACUCGGCCACUCAUCCCAGAGAUGUGCUUCACAUCGAGUGGCGAGAACACCGAGCCACUGCCCGCCAACUCCUGUGUGGGCGACGAUGGCACCAGCCCACUUAUCGCCUGCGCCAAGUGCUGCCUGCAGGUCCACGCCAGUUGCUACGGUGUUCGUCCUGAGCUGGCUAAGGAGGGCUGGAUGUGCUCCCGGUGCGCGGCCCACGCCUGGACUGCGGAGUGCUGCCUGUGCAACCUCCGGGGAGGAGCGCUGCAGACCACCACCGAGCAGAGGUGGAUCCACGUGAUUUGUGCCAUCGCAGUUCCUGAGGUGCGGUUCCUGAAUGUGAUUGAGCGCAACCCCGUGGACAUCAGUGGCAUUCCUGAGCAGCGGUGGAAACUGAAGUGCGUGUACUGCCGGAAGCGGAUGAAGAAGGUGUCAGGCGCCUGUAUCCAGUGUUCCUAUGAGCACUGUUCCACGUCCUUCCAUGUGACCUGCGCGCACGCCGCUGGUGUCCUCAUGGAACCCGAUGACUGGCCCUAUGUGGUCUCUAUCACCUGCCUCAAGCACAAGUCCAGGGGUCAUGCAGUCCAGUUUCUGAGGGCCGUGACCUUAGGCCAGGUGGUCAUCGCCAAGAACCGCAGCGGGCUGUACUACCGCUGCCGCGUCAUCGGCGCCGCCACCCAGACCCUCUACGAAGUGAACUUUGACGACGGGUCCUACAGUGACAACUUGUACCCCGAGAGCAUCACUAGCAGAGACUGUGUCCGGCUGGGGCCGCCUCCUGAGGGCGAGUUGGUGGAGCUGCGAUGGACAGACGGCAACAUAUACAAGGCCAAGUUCAUCUCUUCUGUGACCAGUCACAUCUACCAGGUGGAGUUUGAGGACGGGUCCCAGCUGACCGUGAAACGCAGUGACAUCUUCACCCUGGAGGAGGAGCUCCCCAAAAGGGUGCGGUCCCGGCUGUCACUCAGCACGGGGGCACCCCAGGAACCCAGCUUCUCCGGAGAGGAGGUGAAGGCUGCCAAGCGCCCACGGGUGGGCACCCCUCUUGUCACCACCGAGGACUCGGUGCACAGCCCGGACUACCUGGCCUUCGUGGAGAGCCUCCUGCAGGCACAGGGCCGGCCGGGGGCCCCCUUCUAGGACAGUGGCCACCAGCAACCCUCAGCCCGGUGAGGCAGGCCACGGUGGGCCUGGGCGUCUGCUUGCUGUGAGUUCCUGUCCUCGAGUCAUCUCCGCGCUAUGAGCGCCCCUCCAGGGCGACAGGACGAGCAGGACGCCGACAUGGCCCGGACUCAGGGAGCAGGGCCGCAGGCAGCUCCGCUCUGCGCCCUCCACUCUGUUCUUCUCCAAAAGGUGCUACUGCCUGCCCGAGCAGCCCUCUGUACAUACUCCGCCUUUGUGAGCUCUUUCUACACACCCUUGUCUAAAAGCGAGAACAAGGGAGCGAGAAGCAGGAAAAGCCCGGCGCUCUUUUCUAGAUUUGUGGCUUUAAAACCAACAAAACAAAACAAACACACACACAUCCUUUUUUCUCAGAACCAAGAUGCGCUGAGAGAGGAAAGCCUUGUUUUUGUCCGUUGUUGUUUAAACUCUCACCAUCGACUGAGCAGGCAGGGAGGUGGCUGAGCUGCUGGGGAGACGCGGCAGGCCGGAGCGGACAGACGCUGGUGACAGGCUGGUGACAGGCGUGUGACCCAGGCACUCGUGCUCACCCUCUUGCUUGCGCCCAGCCUGUGAUGUCCAGGCCCCUUGAUAGGAGGAGGCUGGUGUACCUCUGGCGAUGUCCCCGUGUGCCCAGCAAGCAAGAGCUGCGGGGUGGAGCGUCGUCGCUUCUGCACAGACACCACCUGCGCCCGCGCCCCACGCUACCCCCACUGAGGCAGAGGCCUGGUGGCCGCCACUCCUGCGUGUGGCUGCUAGCAAGUGUGGCAGCCAGGCUCUGGUGGUGAGAACCAGAGAAGGUGAGGGGUGUGGGGUGAGCCAGGCCUUCAAAGUGUCCCGAGGUGCCCCUGUGUGACCUGCCUUGCACACAGAGGGCCCCCUGGGGCCCUCCACUCCCCACCCCUGUUCUCUCUGCCACAUGGGAUCUGAGUGGCUGGGAACAGAGAAAGGAGGGGCCCUGCCUUGACAGGAUGGGGUCCCUAGAGGAGUGGCAGUGAGUUGAUGGGGACCCUGACCGGGAGCACCUCAUCUGUUCUGCAGCCACCUCACACCUCCUGAGAGGUUGAGUGAGUUCUCGUGCUGCCAGGCCGUCAGGGUGUGGGGGUCUCAGACCCACGGGAGCUGGGUACACCCACCUGUUCCCUGUGUAGUUUGAAAACGCUAUUUAUAUUGUAAAGAGAAUGAAAAGGGCCUGGCCCUGGAGGCCACUAGGCCUGGUCUCCUCGUGGGGUGCUUGCAGACAGGCCACAGAGCGGCAGUGAGAAGCGAUACCCAGACACGCUGUAUCUCACUUUGUGCAGAAGCAACUCCCCUCCCACAGGAUCUUCCCCAUGCAAGAUGAAGGACGCGCUGUAUUUUCUGCCUAAUCUCCCUCCCUCUGGGUUCAUGAUGAAUUAAAGGCUCUUGAGCACUUCGAAUU